UAAUUAAUUGUCCCCCCUUUCUUGUCCCUAUCAAUAACCAAAACCAGACCUUUCUACACACAUGGUUUCAACUUUUUCUACCCAAAGAGAGAAAAACCAUUGUUCUUCUAUCCAAAAAAAAAAAACCAUUGUUCUUCCCGGUGGAAAUAAUCUCUACCUUGAAUAGUAUAAAACCAAUAGAUCCUUCAAAUCAGUCACCCAACUCCUCAAAACAAUCAAAACCCUUUUCCUUCUCAAUUCCAAAUCUCUCAGAAUUUAGUUUAAUCAAACCCCUCUUGCUUUCCCGAACAUACCAAUCAAGAAGCUGCUUUUGCAGACACUAUGGUUUUGAUUUCAGGUCUUCCUGAUGAAGUAGUCUACGAUUGUCUUAUUCGUGUCAAGUAUGAUCAGUUUCCGACUAUAACAUCUGUUUCUAAAGGUUGGAAAUCAGAGGUUGAGCUACCAGAGUUUCAUCGCUUCAGAAAGAAUGGUGGUUAUGGCCAAAAGCUCAUUGUGAUGGUUCAAGCACGUGUUGCUCCCAACCAAGGUGGUGGUGCUGGUGUCUUCAAGUGCCUGAAAAAACCGCUGUACCGGUUCACCGUCUGUGAGCCGGAUUCGGGUGAUUGGGGAGAGUUCCCGCCAAUUUCUGUUUUCCCCGGUGGGUCUCUACCCAUGUUUUGCCAGUUUGCAGCGGUUGGUACCAACUUGGUGGUGGUUGGCGGUUUAGACCCGGUGACCUGGGCGAGCUGUAAAUCGGUCUUCGUUUACAACUUCAUGACUGCCACGUGGCGGCGCGGAACCGAUAUGCCGGGUGGGUCCCGCACAUUUUUUGGGUGUGCGUCGGACUCAAACCGGAUGGUGUUUGUCGCCGGCGGACACGAUGGCGAGAAGAAUGCAUUGAGAUCGGCGAUGGCGUAUGACGUGGCAAAAGACGAGUGGAUUCUAUUGCCUAACAUGGAAAGAGAGCGCGACGAAUGCAAGGUAGUUUUUCAGCAUGGUAAGCUCCACGUCAUUGGUGGCUAUUGCACCGAAAUGCAAGGCCGCUUUGAGAGAAGCGCUGAGACAUUCAACACCUCCACAUGGCAGUGGGAUUGUGUACAAGAGGACUUCUUACAGAUCAGCAUGUGUCCACGGACGUGCGUCGCUGGCGAUGACGGGGCAAUGUACAUGUGUCGCGAUGGUAAUGUGAUCAAACAAACAUGUGGCAUGUGGCAAACCGUGGCCGAGCUGCCAGCUCAUGUGCGCAACCCGGCUUCACUGACAGCGUGGCACGGUAAGCUAUUAGUGAUUGGAUGUGCCGGGUUCGGUGAGCCCCACAUGGCUUACAUGUUUAAUCUGGAAAAUCACACCUGGAGUAAGGUAGAUACCCCUGAGAAGUACUCUGGUCAUGUACAAUCAAGUUGCUAUUUGGAGAUUUAGAUGCUGUAGAAACCAUGUCACUUGUACAUUAAGCUGAAAUAUAUAUGCAAUAGUUCCAGUCUGGCAUACCAGAAUGUAGUGAACCUCACUUGUGUGAAAGGUUGUUUUUGCCUCUUCAAUGUAUGGAAAAUGCUAUUAGUCUAUGUAUAA